AUGAAUCUGAAUUUAUCAUUGCUUGAUUUGAGUUAUAAUUUAUUAACUCAUAUUACAAAAGACACAUUUACCAGUGUUAAAACAAAAUCAUUAGAUAUAUCGAAUAAUAAAAUUGUUAAAAUCGAUAAUGGUGCAUUUCAAGUUAUGAAUCUUCAUCAUAUAUAUUAUCAGAAUAAUAUUGGUUUUAUUAAUGCCACUCGUUAUUGGUAUAUCGAUAAUUCACAAAUUGAAAUUGAUUGUACAAUUAUAAAAACAUACAGAAUAUGUAUACAAGGUGAAACAUUAACAUCUGUCGACAUACUGAAUAAAUUUUCACUUUUCAAAUCAUCAUUGACGUCUUUUCUCGGCUGGCUUAUAACAAGUGAUGCCAUCGAAAUAUCUGACGAAAGAAUAUCGGCAAUGGGUAAAUAUGUUUUUAAAGAUUUGCUUCCCAUAGCAGAUCCAAAAACAUUAUCUAUUCAUAAAAAUAUCAAAAGUGAAUUUUUAAUUCAUCCUGAAUCAUUCGAUGGUCUGUUAAAUUUGGAAAAUUUAGUAUUAGACGUUGGACCUAUUCCUCUCGAAGUAAUGUUAUUUGAUCGUUUAACAUCACUAAAUUAUUUAAAAAUUGAAAUUAAAAAAAAUCCAAAAUUACCUUCGGAAUAUAUUAACAAUGUCUUGAAUACUGUUCCAAGUAUAAGAGUAUUGGAAAUUUUAAAUAGCGAUUCGGUAAAUAUUUGUGAUAAUCCAGAAUCCUUUAUAAAUAUACUACCAAUAACAGGACUUUAUUACACUGGUGGUUUAAUUAGUACGUUACCACGAAAUUCAUUGAAAUGUCUACGAAAUCUGGAAAAAUUGUCAAUAUCAGAAACACAAUUGACGACAAUUGAAGCUGGUGUAUUUGAUUCACUGGACAAUCUCAAAUAUAUUCAUCUGGCAUUCAACAAAAUAAAUCAUAUUUCUACUGGUACUUUUGUUAAUCUAAAUAAUUUAAUUAGCCUCGAGCUGAACCAUAAUAAAAUCAAUGGAAUUGAUGAUAAAUCAUUGAUGAAAUCCAGUAACAAUAAUCUACAACUUGUCAAUUUAAGUUACAAUGAAAUUUCAAUUAUUAAAAAAGAUACUUUUAAAGGUGUUUAUUGCAUCCGGUUGGAUCUAUCACACAAUAAAAUUAGCCACGUUGAAAAUGAUGCAUUUGAAGGUACCAAUAUUCAAGAUAUGUUUCUAUUCAAUAAUUCCAUCAUAGAUGUCCAAAAGAAAGCCUGGAAGAUUCCUCCAUUUACUUUUGUUACAUUAGAAAAACCAUUUCAUGCUGCACCAUAUUGUGCAUUAAGAACAGGCGAAGUCAUACAUUGUGAUCGUUGUCAAUUUAGAAUGUGUUAUUCUCUUGUACUUCGUUUUGGUUAA